GGAGAACGACCUAGGGGCCCUAGAGAAGGAGUCGUAGUCCAACACGAAGACUCCUCUCCUCGUUCUGCACAUCUUUCACAAAUCGGUCAUGUCAUAGGAGACAGAAUUGCAAUGGCACAGUUGCGGCCACGCACGAAAUUGGAAUGGGCGUUCUUGGGUUCAACGGCAACGCAGGCCAUCGUAAUCACAUUCAUUCAGGUUAUUGUGCUUAUUUCCUACUUGCGAUGGGUGAAUCCACCUGUCUACCAGGUACCACUCUCGUACAUCACGCCACUUUCGCUAGUAGUCACCAUGUUGGGCUGUAUCUUCCAAGUCGUGCUUACCCUGGAUGCCCUCCGGAUCAAAAACAACAUCCAAGUCGUUGCACAAUGCGUAUGCAAUCUCUUCAUAUCCGUUGCAGUCGUCAUGCAAUACUACCAGAUCAAAGGGGCAAAUGACCACAUUCUCCAAGGCCACGACAUGUACUGGAAUCCUUUCGCCAAGAAUGAUCGCCAUUUCUGGUACCAUACUGCUGCCAGCUUGAUCGUUUGCAUAGUCACUUCGUGCGCAUGCAGUGUGGUCAUGUGUGUUUUGGCGUAUAGCCUGCAUCGAGAGUUCGCCUGGGCUCUCUACCAAGACGUCAGUUCCGAGCAGAAGAUGCGAAAUCGAUACCUAGCGUACCAGGUGUACCUUGUUCUAAUGAAAUUCACCGUUCUGUUUCUCACUUGUUUUAUUAUUAUUUACGACUUCAUUAAUGUUCAUUACAUGGAGCCGGAGUUUUCCUUGACUAUAUCCAUCAUACCUGCUGCAUUGUUACACGCUGUACUUGCAGCCUACUGCGUAAGAGUCGAGACAGCAAUAGGAAUGGCGCUAAUUAUGCUCAUCCACAUGGCCGAGAUCGUCUACCUCACCAGCAGACUCAUCGUCCUCUGCGGCAGCGGAUUUCUUUCUCGAACAGCUUUGAAAGACCAGAUGCUACUGUUUGCCUCUGUCGGAUUGAGUUUUGCUAUAUUUACCUUCAUCACGGGCGCUAUUUGCAUAUCGAAUUUCAAUAAAGGGCUGAAGCCCAUCUUGCGCGGCCAGGUGCAACGCAAGGUCCCGGCGAACCAGCAGGCCGACAUGUAUUAUUUUCAACGGCUGAACCACCAGGUUCCUCCUGUUCCGGAUUGGGCGUUGCGGCGGUUUGAUUUGGAUUGAUACGGGUGGGUUUGGAGAGACAUUGUACGAUUACGACAUAUUUUACACUAAUCAAACACGCGUGGGAGACGGUCAAUUGCUGUUCAAAUUUAUCAUCAAUCAUGGUAGUCAAACACGCGGGGCAAACGUUCAAUUACCGUUCAAUCUAUCAUCAUUCAUGGUGGUCAUCACUUGUAUGGGUAUGUUGUUGUGGAGUUCACGGAAAGGAGUAGUCAUGAGGAGAGUGUUAUCAUGUUGAAAUUUGUGCUGAUACUGCUAUCAAGUUCCCGAGGCGUCGGAUCGCCGUGAUAUGCUAUUAAGCAACCGCAUCAUAUGCAGAGCGGCUCA